AUGGAGCUUUCCAAUGUAACAUUUCAUGAUGUAGACCUUGAUGAACCAGAAAAGAAUGAUGUCCUUCAUUGGCUUUCCUUUCAUAAAUCAAACAAUACCUCUUUUCCUUAUCGUCGAUCCAAGGUAGUAGUUCGCGCUAAUGGUGAGUCAUAUGAACUCACACUAGACUUGGCUACUAACUCUAUCAUAUCACAAAAGUUGUACUCAGGUCAUGGCUUUCCUUCUUUUACUCUCAAUGAACUUACACAGGCCACCAGCCUGCCAUUGAGUAGUCCUGAAUUUCAAGAUUCGAUGUCACGAAGGCGCUUGAAUAUAUCUGAAGUCAGAUGCAUACCAUUAUCUGUUGGAUGGUUUGGUCAGGCAAAGACUAGAAGAGUUCUUAGUGUUCCAUGUUUGUAUCGCGGAGGGACUACUAACUUUUGGGCUAAGCCUAUUGAAGGAAUAACUAUACUAGUAGAUAUUGAAUCAAUGAAGAUUAUUAAGUAUUUGGAUAGAUUCAGAUCCCCAUUGCCUGAAGCAAAAGAUGCUGAUUUCAAUUCGUCGAGCCAGGGAUCAGUUACUUGCAAUGAAACAGGAUCCUCCAGGAUAAACAUCCAAGGUCAUGAAGUCAGUUGGGCUAAUUGGAAACUUCAUGUUGGAUUCAAUACUAGAGCAGGGAUGAUCAUAUCUACAGCUUCUAUAUUUGAUGCUGUGAGAAAUGAAUAUCGACGUGUUCUCUAUAGAGGUCAUGCCUCUGAGAUAUUCGUGCCUUACAUGGAUCCUUCGUUUGAAUGGUACUACAGGACAUUUUUGGAUGUUGGUGAAUAUGGUUUUGGGAGAUCGGCUAGUACCCUUGUCCAGUCAUUGGACUGUCCAAACAACGCGGUGUAUAUGGAUGGUUACAUGGCUGAUUCAGAAGGUCAAGUAGUACAAGUCCCUCAAGCUAUUUGCAUUUUUGAACGAUAUGCUGGCGAUGCUGCAUGGAGGCAUACAGAAAACGGAAACACCAAGGGACAGAAAGAAGUUAAUUUGGUGAUCAGAAUGGUAGCAACAGUUGGAAAUUAUGACUAUAUACUUGAUUGGGAGUUCAAACAAAGUGGAUCCAUUAAAGUUGGAGUAAGGAUUAUAUAUACUAUAUUUUGGGGACUAAAGACACUGCUUUAA